UGUUAAAGGUGCUGCCUUUCAAACAAAUAAUGGAGCGUGGGAGGAACUGCCUCAAUGAGCGUUUUAUAGAUCAACGGAGAUUUGUUGCCGCCAAGUAUUUGGGUCGAAAGUUUUCUGAUUUAUGAUUAACAUUAACUUCGGCGAAAUUCCGAGAUUUCGUUUUCAUUCGAAAGAGUGAUUUUGAUCUUUGAGGGUUUCUUCCAUGGGGAUUUUGAUAACUUUAUUGAGUGCUGGUAUUUGAUUGGAAACGAAAACCCAUUGAAUUCUGUUAUUGUAAUUGAGUGUUUUCCAAUGUCUUCUCUGGGGAAGGCCACAAAUAUCUUUUGGCAAGAGUGUUCGGUCGGGAAGCUCGACAGGCAGAAGCUUUUGAAUCAGAAAGGCUGCGUUGUUUGGAUUACUGGUCUUAGUGGCUCAGGGAAAAGCACAUUAGCUUGUACUUUGGGCAGAGACUUGCAUGGUAGGGGAAAGCUCUCUUACAUCCUUGAUGGAGAUAACCUCAGACAUGGGCUAAACAAGGAUCUUGGCUUCAAAGCAGAAGAUCGUGCAGAAAAUAUACGUAGGGUUGGUGAGGUAGCUAAGCUCUUUGCUGAUUCAGGCUUGAUCUGUAUUGCUAGCCUGAUUUCUCCUUACAGGAGAGACCGUGAUUCUUGCCGUGCACUGUUACCGGAGUCUAGUUUUAUUGAAGUUUUCAUGAACAUUCCUUUAGAGAUUUGUGAAGCAAGGGAUCCAAAAGGCCUUUACAAGCUUGCUCGUCAAGGAAACAUAAAAGGUUUCACUGGAAUAGAUGAUCCAUAUGAGACACCUUUGAAUUGUGAGAUAGAGAUCAAGCCAGAAGAUGGGGUAUGUCCACCUCCAGCUGCCAUGUCAAGCCAAGUUGUUACAUUCUUGGAGGAAAGGGGCUUUCUGCAUGCUUGAUGAGAUAUGGACCUGUCACAAGAAUUUCCAGAAAAUAAUAAUUAACAGUUUUCUAACCAAUCAAUAUUUACCUUUUAACCAUAUGGGCUUUAUUCAAUUGUUUGUCUUCAGUAACUAUAUUUAUCAAUUUAUUUACUAAAAAUAUAUUCUUAUAAGUUCUGGAUUAUGUAUUUGUCUGCUUCUCUGGGAAAACAUCUUUC